UCCGCUGCGGAGGGGCAGAAGAAGAAGGGACCGGAAGUAGCAGUCAGCUGUUAACAAGCUUCGGGUUGGUCCAGACUUUCUCCAGAUGUCCUCUGACGGCAGCAGGUGUAUUCAUGUCUGCACAGACUGGCCGUCCUGCAGGGCCAGGUGGUCUUGGCAGUGCGUCAACAGUACGUUGUCGUUGGCGACCAGGUGGUGAUUCUGGCAGACGGUGACGAGGUUGCCGUGGUGCCGCCGCUCAGUGGAGGAUAAAAAGGUCAUGAUGUCGGAGAAACCAAGGGAUAUCUUCAGGCUGAGCCGUGAUUGGCUGUCUAUACAGGAAGUGGUGGACGCUGUGAGCAGCCCGUCCUGCGGAGCCAUCUCUGUUUUUAUAGGUACGACCCGGGAGGACGAGGUGGACGGCAGGAAGGUGGUUGGUCUGGAGUACGAGGCGUACGAGCCAAUGGUCCAGUCGGAGUUCUCCCGGCUAGUGGCGGACCUUAGGGUGCGCUGGCCCACCGUGACCCACAUCUGCAUCCACCACCGACUCGGAUGGGUGAAGGUGGGUGAGGCCAGCGUUGUCAUGGCGAUAUCGUCGCCGCACCGCCACGAUGGCCAGCAGGCAGUCCAGUUCUGCAUCAGCCAGCUGAAGGCCACCGUCCCCAUCUGGAAGAAGGAAGUGUACGACACGCAGGAGGCGAGCUGGAAGGAGAACUCGGAGUGUCCCUGGUCCGGUCCAGAAGUCCAGAAGAAACCUGCACACUCAGUCCAAAACCAGCAGCCAGCUCCACCCGAGACCGGCCAGAACCUCUGAGAUAGAACGGAGAUGAGGAAGGAUUUGUUUUUGUCUGAAAAAUUAGGAAAAACUUCAAUAAACAGAAAAAAUGGUUUCAUGUCGUCAGUUU